AUGACUGUCUUUCCUCCCUCCGGUGAUUGGCAGGCUCAGUGGGGCUCCCAGCAUUCCCUGCAGGAGCUGGUCCUUAACGAGGAUGAGAAGAAGUUGUUGUAUAAAGAGGGGUCCACCUGCCCAGCCAACUGCCCCUUACUAAGUGUUCUCUUGGAUCAGUAUGAUGAGAGGAUUCUGAAGAAGAUCCGCAGGAAGAUCCCAGGAGAGCAGGAAGAAGAAGAGGGAGUACGUGGACAGUCUGGAGAGCAGCCUGACCCACACAGCCAUGUCAGCCAGGACGGAGGCUUCAGCGUGGUCAGAGGGGGUCAGGAGGACGCGGAGAGCCCAGAGCAGGCUAACCUGUCCGGAGAAUCGCUCCACAACCUCUCGCUGGACUGCUGGCUCAAUCUCCUCUCCAGAGAGUCUGCUCCGGAGCUGUAUGGGGACAGCGCGAACAUGACGAUGCGAGUGGUCAUUGCUCUGGUCUACCUGGUGGUGUGUGCUCUGGGGCUGGUGGGAAACCUCCUGGCGCUGUUCCUUCUCCACUCCCGCCACCAGUUGCACCACUCGUCUAUUGACUUCUUUGUGAGGAGCCUGGCAGUGACUGACCUCCAGUUCGUCCUCACCCUGCCCUUCUGGGCUGUGGACACUGCCCUGGACUUCCGCUGGCCCUUCGGCAGGGUCAUGUGUAAGAUUGUCAGCUCUGUGACGACCAUGAACAUGUACGCUAGCGUCUUCUUCCUGACGGCCAUGAGCGUGGCUCGCUACUGCUCCCUCACCUCCUCACUGAGGAUAAGCAGCCCCAAAAUGGCUGCGGCUCGCGCCAAGUGGGCCAGUUUUGCCAUCUGGGUGGUGUCACUGGCGGUCACGAUGCCCCACGCCAUCUACUCCACCACAGUCCAGGUGUCUGCGGAUGACGAGCUGUGUCUGGUCCGGUUUUCUGGAUCUGCCUCGGGUCACUGGGACUCUCAGGUUCUACUGGGCCUCUACCAGACACAGAAGGUACUGCUGGGAUUUGUGGUUCCCUUGGUAGUGAUCAGUGUGUGUUACCUCCUCCUGAGCCGGCGAGUCAAUGGCGUAGUUGGCAGCGUUGGGGUCAUGGAGAGUUCAGAGAGGUCCCAUCAACGGCGUCGCUCCAAAGUGACCUGCUCGGUUACCAUCUUGGUGCUCUCCUUCUUCCUCUGCUGGCUGCCCAACCAGGCUCUUACACUGUGGGGAGUGCUGAUAAAAUUUGACCUGGUGCCCUUUAGUAAGGCCUUCUACAAUGCCCAGGCCUAUGCUUUCCCUCUGACUGUUUGCUUGGCUCACACCAACAGCUGCCUGAACCCCGUGCUGUACUGCCUGAUGCGACAGGAGUACAGGGCCGGACUCAAGGAGCUGCUGCUCCGAGUCUUGCUGUCCAUCAGGAACUUUCUCACCCUGGCUCUGAGAGGGAAGAGAGUGGAGGAGGCACCGCCUAGCAUGGUGGUUAUACACAGGGAUGUCAACGUGUGA